UUUUCACAUACUUCCCCCAAUCAUCAUCCUAUAUUCCUAUUCCUAUAUCAAAUUCUGCAGAGUCUCCUCUCUUCAUCUCUCUCUCUCUCUCUCGUUCUUCUUGCAAUGGAUCGGACACAAAUUCUUCUCGUUGGGUUACCAAUCUUCCUCUUCUUCUCCGAUGUCUUUAACCUUUUCGCUCCUGCGCCACCUCCCAAACCAACCCAUCACCACCGUCACCAUCCCAUUCCUCAGCCUCAACCGCAUCUUCAGAAACCCCUUGACUUCCCUGCGCAGAAACAGAGUGGGAUUGGUCCAAUUGGGGUUGGCAAUACUGUCAACAUUGACUUCUGCACUUCCUGCUCUUACAAGGGAAAUGCGGUAACAGUUAAAAACAUGCUCGAAUCUGUAUUCCCGGGGAUUAAUGUUGUUUUGGCUAACUAUCCACCUCCACUUCCGAAACGUGUUCUCAGCAAAAUAAUUCCAGUGGUGCAAACAGGAAUUGUUGUGAGUAUAGUUGCAGGUGACCAGAUAUUCCCCAGAUUGGGAUUUGUACCACCACCAUGGUACUAUUCCUUGCGCGCCAAUAAGUUUAGAAGCAUUGCAAGCACUUGGCUUUUUGCGAAUUUCAUUCAAUCCUUCCUUCAAAGUUCUGGUGCUUUUGAAGUAUAUUGCAAUGGUGAAUUGGUGUUUUCCAAGCUGAAGGAGAACAGGUUCCCUGGUGAAAUUGAGUUGAAAGAUCUCGUGGAAAGAAGAUUAGCUAAUACAAGAUUCUUCAAUAGUGUUGAAGGUGCUUCAAGCGCUAGAACCGUCAUAUAGCUUAUUGGCAAUUAGAUUCUGACAAAGAUAGCUGACAAGAAUUCAAGUAGAAGAAAUGAAUGAUACAGAAAUCAAAAUUUUAUUUAGUGUUUAUGUAAUGUUUUAUGUGCACUGAUCAAACAUUGGUUUUACCAAGCCCUUCACUUUUGAAGCCUCUCUUUCCAUAGAAAUUUGUUCUCAUAGAAAUAAAAUUCCUCUAUUUACGAACAUGAACAGUGGUUGUACUGAGGUUAAAAGGCAAAUGUUUAACUUAGUAACACCUCUGAGUUCAGAUGGAAUCACUGGUACAAACAGUUGUACAGUUUCUGUAAGUUUAUGAAGGAUCGGAUUUUCGUAAAGUAAUGUAAUACUACUCAAAGGAAA